AUGGCGUGCAUCGAGAUGGCGUGCAUAGAGAUGGCGUGCAUAGAGAUGGCGUGCAUAGAGAUGGCGUGCAUAGAGAUGGCGUGCAUAGAGAUGGCGUGCAUCGAGAUGGCGUGCAUAGAGAUGGCGUGCAUCGAGAUGGCGUACAUAGAGAUGGCGUGCAUAGAGAUGGCGUGCAUGGCGUGCAUAGAGAUGGCGUGCAUCGAGAUGGAGUGCAUAGAGAUGGCGUGCAUAGAGAUGGCGUGCAUAGAGAUGGUGUGCAUAGAGAUGGCGUGCAUAGAGAUGGCGUGCAUAGAGAUGGCGUGCAUCGAGAUGGCGUGCAUAGAGAUGGCGUGCAUAGAGAUGGCGUGCAUCGAGAUGGCGUGCAUAGAGAUGGCGUGCAUAGAGAUGGCGUGCAUUGAGAUGGCGUGCAUCAAGAUGGCGUGCAUAGAGAUGGCGUGCAUAGAGAUGGCGUGCAUAGAGAUGGCGUGCAUAGAGAUGGCGUGCAUAGAGAUGGCGUGCAUCGAGAUGGCAUGCAUAGAGAUGGCGUGCAUAGAGAUUGCGUGCAUCGAGAUGGCGUGCAUCGAGAUGGCGUGCAUCGAGAUGGCGUGCAUAGAGAUGGCGUGCAUCGAGAUGGCGUGCAUCGAGAUGGUGUGCAUAGAGAUGGCGUGCAUCGAGAUGGCGUUCAUAGAGAUGGCGUGCAUCGAGAUGGCGUGCAUAGAGAUGGCGUGCAUCGAGAUGGCGUGCAUCGAGAUGGCGUGCAUAGAGAUGGCGUGCAUAGAGAUGGCGUGCAUAGAGAUGGCGUGCAUAGAGAUGGCGUGCAUCGAGAUGGCGUGCAUAGAGAUGGCGUGCAUCGAGAUGGCGUGCAUCUGGCGGAUGAGGGCAGCGACGUCUUCCUAG